AUGUUGCCCAACAGCCUGGCGUCGGCCUGGCAGGACAUCGAGAACGUUCUGAUGCACAGCUUCGAGGGCCCGAGCGUCGAGGGCGGGUACCGCUCGCCCGGGCUGGCCGACGACGACUCGCCGCUGCCGACCGAGUCGCCCGGCUACUCGACGCCACACUCUCCCGAGGGCAUCGACAUGAACUUCAUGGCGCCACCGGCGGGGCCUGACGGCGAAGAGUUCAAGAAGGAGCCGUUCGCCGAGCACGGCGCCGCCGAGCGGCCGCCGUACCGCGAGGUUGACUCGCCGGGCGCCGAGCGCGCCUUCCCCGAGGCGCUGCCACUGCAGGCUGACCACCAGCCGCUGCUCGGCGAGCAGAAGUUCAAGGCGGCCGCGCCGUUCGCGACGGACGGCUUCACGAGCUGCGCGCCGUUCGCCGAGGCGGCGCGGCCCGAGCCCGGCCCGUUCGCGGCGACCGACUUCGCCAGCGAGCGGGGCGGCGACUUCGUCGACCUGGACUCGCUCAUCAGCCGGGCGACCGAGCAGCAUCUCGGCUACCCGAGCAGCGUGCAGGCCGUGGCGCAGGGCGUCGAGACCAAACUCGUGCUGAGUGGCUCGCCGCUGGCCGGCGGCGAGGAGCGGUCGCCGUCACCGCAGCCACUGCCCGGUCUGCAGGGCGACUUCGAGCUGAACGGCGUGAGCAUGCAGCUGCCGGCGGCCAGCUUCAGCCCCGUGUACACGGGCCUGGUGGCGAUGGUGUCGGUGCCGGGCGGCACGCCGCAAAUGUCGCCUCCCGCCAGCCCCGAGACGGACAAGCUGCCGCGCGCCACCGUCGAGCUGACGGCCCUGGGCGGCCGGCCGGGCGCCGCCGCCCCCACCGUGCGCCUCAUCACGCCACCCUCAUCGCCCAACCUGGCCGAGCUGCUGUCGGCGGGCGCCGGCGCCAAGGCGGCCACGCAUCAGCAUCCGGCCUUCCUCAACCAGCUGCCACCGCCGGCCGAGGACGGCAAGCGCAAGAGCAAGAGCGCCAGCGGGCGGCGGCGCAACACCGCGCACGCCUGCCAGUACCCCGGCUGCACCAAGGUGUACACCAAGUCGUCGCACCUGAAGGCGCACCAACGGACCCACACGGGCGAGAAACCCUUCCAGUGCACGUGGAAGGACUGUGACUGGAAGUUCGCGCGCAGUGAUGAGCUGACGCGGCACUUCCGCAAACACACGGGCGACCGGCCGUUCCAGUGCCGGCUGUGCGACCGCGCCUUCUCGCGGUCAGAUCACCUUUCGCUGCACAUGAAGAGGCACGUGACGGUGUGACGAUCUCACACACACAUUCGGACUGCGUCCCAGUGCGGCUGAGAUAUCAUGUGAUCCAUUGUUUGCUCGUGGCAUGCAGCAUUUGUCCUCUCGUUCGUGCGAAUGUCUAUAUAUGUGAGCUUUGUCAAGUGUACAAAACCCAAAAAAUGUUCGCUCGCGACGCCCGGGUGUCGCACGUUGAGUCGCGGCGACCGUGCGACAGCCGCCUCGGUUUACCAUUCCCUGUUACCAAAUGUGCGCGAUUGCCAUAAUGAGGCGUUCGAGUGAACAUCGGGCGAUAUUAUAGCGGCGCGGUAGAAGCGCGACCGACGGCGAGCGCGCCGCGAGGGUCGCGCCCUCGCCGCCGCGGCGUCGCACUCGCUGUACAUGCAGGAGCGUAGCGCUGCUGUGCUAACAGUCGAAUACACACUAUUGGCAGCA